AUGGGUUUUGGAGAUAAGUGCUGUGUCGGCGGCUGUAACAAUGACAGAAGAUAUCAUGUUGUCAUCUGCUCUAAUCAUUUUCGAGACGGGAAACUGUCUGUAAGCAACCCUAUACCUACUCUUUUUUUGACUCCUUUUGAGCAUUCAAAUAGUAAGUCACCCAAAAAGUGGCGUCAAUUAGAGUAUCAAAAGGAGACUGCAACGUCAGCAGUAACUAAGUCAGUUGUACAUGCUGGCCCUUCAGAGUUGACACCGGUUGAUAAUAGUGGUAUACCUGCAAGUGAUGAAUUGAUGAAAAGUGGAGACGAUUCCUCGGGGUUAACACUGUGUACAGCCUUUGCACAAAUAACCAGAGAUGCUGAUGUUCGACUCUAUACUGGCAUGCAAAAUACAGAUGCUUUCAGAACCUUAUUUGAAUAUUUACUCCCUAAAGCUAAGAAUAUGAAUUACUGGAAAGGGGAUAAGCAAACUGAGGCAGAGAAGCCCAAAAGGUACUCUGAUAUGACCAUGGAUGAGUCCCCAAAUGUCAGGAAACCUGGCCCCCAAAGGAAACUAAAACUUGAGCAGGAACUUUUACUGAUAAUGAUGAGGCUUCACUUAGCUUUGUCUGUUGGGGAUCUGGCAUUCCGAUUUGCAAUAUCAGACUCUCUUGUCAGUUCAAUUUUUAUCUCCUGGGUAAAGCUAAUGAAAUGUGAGCUCUCAUGGCUUAUCAAGUGGCCCUCUAAGGAGCAGACAAAGAAAGUGCUACCAAAGUGCUUCGAAAAAUACUACUCUAAAGUUCGGUGCAUUAUUGACUGUUCAGAAGUAUUCAUCGAAACACCAUCAAGCUUAGAGCUACAGGCUAUUUGUUGGUCAGACUAUAAACACCAUUGCACUUUUAAGUUUUUGAUUGGAAUAACUCCAAAUGGAUUAAUUUCUUUUGUGUCUGAUUGCUAUGGGGGUAGAGCAUCAGACAAAUUUAUUGUCAUGGACAGUAGGUUCAUGAACCACCUUGAGCCAUUUGACCAAGUUAUGGCAGACAGAGGCUUUAAGAUUCGUGAUGACUUGGCCAUGUAUCAGGCUACCUUGGCCAUUCCCCCUACAAUUCCCCCCUGGGCAACUUCCAAAUGCCAUCACGAGAUGUGUUAG